AUCCAAGUAGUUACAGGAACCUAGUUCGAAGAACAGUCCACUUCUAAACAGUUAUACUAAUCUCCCCCAAAACCAGAUUUGCCAUUUGCAUUCCCACUGGCCAAGUGGCCAUAGGAGCUGGUCGCCAAAUCGACUUGGGUUGACAGUGGACGUGACUUAUAAGUUGGACCAAUCAACGUAGACCUAGGUCACUAAGGGUUCCUAUGUGGAAAAGGGAAAAGACCCUGCCCUGAAGUAGGAGCUGAAAGUUUACAGGAACUGCGGUCAGAGGAACUUAGUAAUCCCCAAAUUGGUUCCGGUGGAACACUAGAAAAGGUUUCUAGGAAUGUUACGUUCUAGGAACUGCAAAAAUCCCUCUGGUGGGAAAUGGACUAUUGGCACGCAUACUCGUGGGGUAGAGCAGAGGAGGCUGGGAAUGUCUACUCCCCAUCAUAAAUAAGCAUGUUUAAGAGACUGCAGAUGACCGUAGGUCGAACGGUCCUUUAACCGGAGAAACCCACUUUUACAAAUAUAGAUGGAAAGGAUGGUGUAAUGGUUUUACAUUCAGUUUUUACAGGAAGUUCCCGUGUCUCUGAAGCCUGUACAGUUGGGCAAGAGGUACUUCUCCGUUCACCCCGCAGGGAGGGCCUCCAAGCCGCAGGUCAAAUGGCUCAAUUAAGUGGAAGCUGACUCAUUGUCACACUGGAUCAUGGAUCAGUGCUUCACUUGCCAGGCAAACUAAACCUUUGAGACGCUCAUGAGGGGUAUACUAUGAUACGAGUGGUACGUUGAGCCUAAAGCACUAAGAGUGUUCUAGUUAAUGGUGAUCUUCCUCUUACUGGCCAUUUAAUUUCAAGCGAACAAUUUACCUUUUUUACACAAUGUUCCGAUUUAAAAGUUCAUCAGAGAAAAGUGCCAGGAACAUGUGCCUCUGUCAAAGAUCUCUGGGGUGCACCUGGUUGUCGAUUUUAAGUUGGUGGGUACAAGAAGACUGGAGGCUGUGCUAUUGAAGCUGAAGGCUUGGAACGACAUCAAGAAGGUAAGCCAUCUUUCUGCUUGUGGCUGUCGAAAGGUUAAAAAUGAUCUCCUGUAACUACGUGUUAACCUGUAAGUCAGAUGAACACUUUUGCCUGAAUUGGGUAGUAUUUUGUUUAUUCUGUGUUCAGGUCUACGCCUCAGCGUAUGCGUGCUGUCAAGGGUAAGAUGAGGAACCGCAGACGUAUCCAGCGCAAGGGACCAUGCAUCGUCUUCAACAAGAACAAUGGUGUGACCAGAGCAUUCAGAAACAUCCUAGGCAUCACAUUGCAGAAUGUGAACAAGCUGGACCUGCUGAAGCUUGCUCCUGGUGGCCAUAUCGGUCGUUUCUGCAUCUGGACAGAGAGCGCCUUCCGCAUGCUGGACGGCCUCUAUGGCACAUGGCGCAAAGCCUCCUCACGGAAUGUUGACUACAACCUGCCAAAGCACAAGAUGACCAACACAGACCUGUGCAGAAUUUUAAAGAGUGACGAGAUCCACAAAACACUUUGAGCCCCACAGCAUCACAUUGCAGAAUGUGAACAAGCUGGACCUGCUUAAGCCUGCUCCUGGUGGCCUUAUCGGUCGUUUCUGCAUCUGGACAGAGCACCUUCCACAAGCCGGACGGCCUCGAUGGCACAUGGCGCAAAGCCUCUUCCCAGAAGGUUGACUACAA